AUGGAUACUUUGGUUAGUUCAGAGAAUUUUGGUUCAACAGACUCUAAUAUGAUGCGAUUUUCAAUUCUUCUGAGCUCUGAGAGAACAUUGGAUGCUCCUGAUCUCGUCGACGAUUUUUACCUGAAUUUAUUGGAGUGGGGCAGCAGCAAUGUACUAGCAAUAGCACUCGGGAACACUGUGUAUCUGUGGGAUGCUUCAGAUAGUUCUACUUCAGAACUUGUCACCGUUGAUGACGAAAAGGGACCAGUAACAAGUGUGAAUUGGGCUCCUGAUGGUCGGCAUAUUGCCAUUGGCUUGAACAAUUCCGAAGUACUACCAUGGGAUUCGACUGCCAACCGACAGCUGCGUACUCUGAGAGGUUGUCACAGAUCAAGAGUGGGUUCAAUGGAAUGGAACAAUCACAUUCCCACAACAGGAGGAAUGGAUGGUCAGAUUGUUAACAACGAUGUGAGAAUUAGAUCCCAUGUUGUUGAAACUUACAGAGGCCACCAGCAAGAGGUUUGCGGGCUGAAAUGGUCGGCUUCCAGGCAACAACUAGCCAGCGGAGGCAAUGAUAAUGUUGUUCACAUAUGGGAUAGGUCCAUGGCAUCUUCAAAUUCACUAACUCAAUGGCUACACAGGUUGGAGGAGCAUACCUCAGCUGUCAAAGCCCUUGCCUGGUGCCCUUUCCAGAGCAACUUGCUGGCCACAGGUGGAGGUGGCGGCGAUCGCACCAUAAAAUUUUGGAACACACAUACUGGUGCAUGCUUGAAUUCAGUUGAUACCGGCUCCCAGGUUUGCUCAUUACUAUGGAGCAAGAAUGAGAGGGAGCUAUUGAGUUCCCAUGGGUUUACUCAGAAUCAAUUAACUCUUUGGAAAUAUCCAUCGAUGGUGAAGAUGGCAGAGCUAACGGGUCAUAUAUGUAGAGUACUUUACAUGGCUCAAAGCCCUGGUGGGUGCACAGUGGCAUCAGCAGCAGGGGAUGAGACUCUAAGAUUCUGGAAUGUUUUUGGGGUUCCAGAAGUGGCUAAAACUGCUCCGAAAGUGAACCGUGAGCCAUUCUCUCAGUUGAACCGUAUCCGGUGAUGAAGAAAAAGACUAGGAGUAGUGGCGGUGCCGUUGGAUUCUUUGUUUUGUAAAGUUUUUCCUCUGAUGGCAUGUGUAGAGUAAUGUUAGGGAUAGUGGGAUAAAUUGUUCAUCCCCGUCUACAUUAUAUUUUCAGCUCCUUAUUGAAAUUGUUUCCUACUCUUGAAUUUUUAAUCUGCUCACAUAUUGAAUUGGAUAAAUGAAAGAAAUUCUUAGGUUAAA